AUGGCGGCUAAUUCUCAUCUGGGGGGCGCGGGCUUGCCUGAUGUGAGCCAGGGACCCCAGAUCUUGGCAGCUACAUCGAUCACCACGGCUUUUGCAUUACUCACGGUCCUAGCCCGGAUGUAUGUCCGUGUGUUUUUCAUCCAAAAUGUUGGGCCCGAUGAUUAUGUCAUGGUGUUGACAAUGGCACUUUCACUCGGUGGAUUUGCUGUGAUAAUACCAGAGGUCAUGUAUGGUGCAGGAAGACAUACGGUAUAUGUGGAAAAUACGGCCUCGAUGGCGACACACCUGAAUUUCGCCACUCAGGGUAUCUAUAUGUGGGCAAUUGGGCUCGUCAAGAUCUCCAUUGGGCUGUUUCUCCUCCGGUUUGCCCCGCGACGGGGCUAUAAGAUAUUCAUCUGGGUAGUAAUGGUGGUCAUGCUACUCUAUACCAUAAUAUGCUUUCUUACACUCAUGUUUGAGUGUAAAGAUAUCCGAUCCAUCUGGGAUGAGAAUGUGAAAUCACAGUGUUUCACAUCCUCACAACCCCUAAAAUUGAGCUACACAAAUACCGGUAGGGAGCUUGCUCAUGUUCUUAGGACAUUGCUGACGAUCCCAGGUCUGAAUAUUCUGACAGAUAUCAUAUUUGCCAUUCUACCGGCGAUAAUGCUACGACACCUGCAGGUUAACCGACGUGUGAAAGCCUCGUUGGUCUGCAUAUUGGGACUGGGGAUAUUUGCCUGCGUCGCAGCAAUCGUUAAGCUCUCUGUCCUGCCCAACUAUGGUCGUACCGGCGACCUCCUAUGGGACUACUCUACCCUCACAAUCUGGGUCGUCGUCGAGUCCAACAUGGGCAUUAUAGCAGGCAGCCUGCCCACACUGAAGCCCCUCUUCAAACAAUUCCUGGGCACAUAUGGAUCCCAAACUAAAACACGACGCUACACAUACGGUAGCAAGAAGUACCGACUACAAUCGUUAUCCCCAUCCUACCCACAGCCAUCCGUCCGCAGCAGACCACUCAGCGUUCUGGACCCGGACGAUUUGGAUGAAGGCGAUCCCCGUGCUGCCCAGAGAAACUCCAAGUACGGAACAACAACGACCAAAUACCACUACCGCGAUGGCAGCCACACCAGCGAGGAAUACAUCCUGACCCGUCAAGAAUCAGCGGGAAUUGUGCUCACGACAGAGGUGGUGGUCACACAUACUACAGCGGAAGAGGUAAUACGAAACAACCGAGGCAAAAUAACACAGUCACCGAAUGAGGAGGUAUAA